AAAAUGAUUUAAUGUCAUCCCAUUCAUGUCGCUUUUGACAUAUUUGUAAUUAAUUUAUUUAUCAAAAUAAAACUAAAAAACAUCCUGUCCAAUAAAUGUUAGAAAUAUUCCAGUAAACCACUCCAAAACUACCUAAACUCGAAGACAUAUUGUUCUAAAAUGCCCAGCCAUCGAAAUAAUGAUCAAAAAUGAACGGAAAACAAUUCAGACCCUACAGUGUUUAGAUAUAUUCGUCAGGAUCAACGGAAUUCGUUCCAAGAACUUCAAGUUCGUGAAGACGCAGUUCUACCAAAAGAUCACAUCGAGUACUGUGAGUAAAAUCACACCGGUGUCCCAGCUUCCGUGGAAAGGGCUUCAAAAUCACCGAUAUGAAAAAGUGAGCACGCCAAAAUCAGGAGAGUACAUACCAAAAUUUAAUCAAAAAGGCUUGGUGGUUGUAUGGCCGCAACCGAAAAAAUUCCCAUACACCAGCGAACUAUACGUUUUGACCUGGUUGUUUGCCCAUACACUGUAUUUCUUGUAUGUCACUACUAUUCUACCGGUUGGGACUGUAAUAAGUAUGAAAAGACCGCCAUGGAACUGUAGAAAAAAAUUGAAAAAACUCGCGAGCAAGAGAGAUUACUUCAUUGAGCCUGAUUGGGAUAGCUGAAAAUUUUGAGUUAAAAUAAAAACAAAUUAACAAUAUAUUUAUGUAAAAUGGUUGUGCGGUCAAUAAAGUGAAAAUGUCAUUAAA